AACAACUUUCUACAAUCAGCCAAUGUUAUCAACAAAUCAUACCUUCUAACCCAAACAGCUAACUCAAUCAGCUAACAGCCAUUUACCAAAGAGGGCCUUUAUCUCCUUAUAUCGUCACACAUUUUUGAGAUGUUAGAUGUUGGACUUAAUUUUUUUAAGCCCUUUACCACCUCCGCGUAAUCAUCAAGUGCCAAACUUGACCCAACAAUAUUAUUUCAUAUAUAGUAUAGAUUCAUUGUGUAAAAUUGGACAAACUAACUUGUAUGAAAAAAUAGAUUGUAGAUUUGGUGUGUAUAAGCAUUUCGAGCAGCAAGUACAAGACAGACAAGGGGGUUGGCCUACCUGUUUUUGCAUCUCGAAUGUAAAAAGUUUCGCCCCCAUUAGACACGUAACGGUAAGCAGUGGAAGAAGAAAACUUGCAGCCUGUUCCAUCAUAUUCAAGUGUAGCAUACGCGUUGCAAGAACAAUUGUUUACACACAUUUCAUUGCAGUCACCUAUACCAAACAGUAAAAAUUUGUGUGAGAUGAGUUGAGUCAAGAUAAAAUUUUAAUACUUAUGGUCCUUAUAGUUAGCCUAUCAAGCUAAUUUUGGCUUAUUUGACCGCUAUUACCUAUUUGACUUGUUAAAAAAUCAAGUUUGAUUAAUCAACUUUUUAUAACUCCAAAUGCUAAAAUUAAAAAACAAUUAACUUUUUGAAAAAGAAAUUAUACCAAAUAGCUAUCAGCUAACAUUUAAUUUACCAAAAACUUUUCUACCAUCGUUAUCAACUAGUAAUAGCCUCUAACCCAAUAAGCUAACGGUCGUUUACCAAACAAGGCCAUAUAUAUUGAAAAAUGUAAUACUAAUUAGGGAUAAGAAAUCAUACCAAGCAUGGUAUCAUGUAAUAAAACAGUGGUUACAUGUCUCCGGAAUAUGCCAUGGAUGGUUGUUUCUCGGAGAAAUCGGAUGUUUUUAGCUUUGGAGUCAUGGUAAUGGAGAUUGUAAGUGGAAAGAGAAACAAUGGCUUCUACAAUCCAGAUCGUGUUUCAAAUUUACUUGGUUAUGCUUGGGGUUUAUGGAUAGAAGGAAAAGUUUCAGAUCUAAUAGACCCAACAAUGGACAAAAUGAUUUCAAUUAUUGAAGCAACGAGAUAUAUCCAAGUAGGCUUGCUAUGCGUUCCAGAUAGUGCGACAGAUAGACCGACUAUGACAGAUGUGGUAUCCAUGCUUGGUAAUGAAUCGACAAUCUUACCUAUUCCUAAGCAACCUGGUUUCUCAGCCAUCAUUGGUUUAAAAUGUGGUGACGUUACUAAUAAUUCAAAAUCUUGCUCUAUUAAUGAGGUCACAAUUACAGAGAUCGAAGGUCGAUAGCCACACUUGGUACAAAUUACUCUUAUUGUUGUGCAAAUUAAAGACUUCUUGGGUUAAUUUUGGUGCUAAAUAAUUAUGAAUUUCAUCAAAUGUCUAAUUGCAAUUAGACAUCAUUUCUUUGAAUGUAAAUUAAAGCUUUUAAAAUAGUUUUCAUUGUAAGACAAGCUUGUGUUUAUAGACAACCUCUAUCUUUGCCUUAAAUUAAUUGGCACUAUAUUGCAUGACUGUAUGUAGCACACUUUCUUAGUUUUAACGUUGCUUUGUCCAACUCCAAAUUUGUAUCUUUUUGUAACAUUUCUUUCUUUUUUCAACCUCCUUUACUAGCUCUUUUACCUCGGCUUCUCCUUCAUGCUUCACAAAUCCUGCACAAUAAUUUGUUAGCACAUAUUCAAUAGUAUUUCAUAUUAAUUAAAUUGGGAGAGGUAAAAUUACCUGAACGCUUUUAGAUAAUCUUUCCAAGCUCAAAAGCUCCAUCCUAUAAUUCC